AUGCGCGAGAAUGUUCGCUACGAUACUCUGCUCUCGGGGUUUACGGCGGUGCUCCUAAGAGGUAAUAGUUCCCCGCCCUUUCGUUCUGUCAACACGCUGUUAAUUUGUUAUGCUUUGAAUAGACCUACGAGCGGCGCCCCCAAACCGAACACACGUUUCUUAAAACAUAUUCUACGCGAGACUGAUACACAUAAUGCCAAUCUCAAGCGGAAGGAAGAGGAAGAAGCCAGAGAAAGAAUUAGGCAGCUUCGGAGACGGGAAGUGCUCUCCAAAGAAGAAUCUAGAAGAGAUAAUCGUGAACGCGGAAGGGAGUCAAAACGGCGGCGAGUUGAGUCACCCCAAGACAAGGAAGAGGACCGAAAAAGAAGACGCGCCCAUCACUCUAGGGACUAUAAAAAUGCAAGCGAUGAGAGAUCAUCGAGACCCGAGAAGGAUAAGUCAAGCAGGAGCAGGCAUCAUGACGGGGGGUCUGACACGGAAGACCGAAACCGUUCCCACAGACACCGAAAACACCGAGAAGACGAUAAAUAUGAACGCCAUAGCAAGCAUCGCAAACGCGGGAGAUCACAUGAACGCUCUCCAGACAGGCACAAAGUUGGAGACAAAGAACACCGACGCAGGAGAUCCUCCGAGCGCCAACGUCGUCACAGCGUCGAAGACACUCGCGGGGCACAUAAAAAGCAACGCAAUUACACGAAAUCCUCCGAUUCCCGCCUUAAUAAUGAUGUGGACCAAGACGAUACCCGGAGCGUCCAAUCCACUGACUCGGACCCAUUAAGCAACCUAAUCGGGCCCCUACCUCCAUCAGGGACGGAUGCUCGGACUCCUCCAGUUCUCCCGCGUGGACGUGGAGCUUACAGAGUCAACUCAAGCACUAUAGACUCACACUUCACCGAAGGAUACGAUCCAGCCCUAGACGUCCACUUGGACGACGACGACGACGAGUCGACAACAAAGAAAAGCACCCGUCGACCAGUCCCUGGCAUGGCCACGGAGGACGACGAUUGGGACAUGGCGCUCGAGGCUCUCCGAGACCGAACAGCAUGGAAGCGUGAUGGUGCAAAACGGUUACGCGAAGCAGGGUUCGAAAAUGCAAUCGUAGAGAAGUGGGAAAAUAACACGGCGUUUGCCGGUCUGGACGAUGGCUCCGUGCUAGAUGUUAAAUGGGCGAAGAAAGGCGAAAGUCGGGAAUGGGACCGCGGGAAAGUUGUGGAUGAAAGCGGGCAUGUUCAUGUCAAGCCAGUUUGGUAA